AUGAGUUCUCAACUUGCUCCCGCUGCGGGCGCAGGGCUAACAGCCCCAACCGAGAUCAAAGCCCAAGUCCAAUCCCACCCUCCUAUCCGCAUACUCUCCAAUCCGACAGCGCAGGCAUACUCGCACCUGCACCCAGCUCUAAUAGCAUCCAUCUUUGGCCUCCGGUUCAGUGCCCUGGUCGCUGAUCCGGUAACAACGCUUUCUACUCUUUUACCCGUGUUUGCGGUAUUGCAGAUAAUAUACGUGAUUAUCUGUCUACCUGCUGCGGGCACAACUCUGGGGAGCUCAAAUAAAGCGCGUUCCAACGGCAAGAUAGGGGCAGGACUCAAGCGGAAAGAUGCAGACAAUUCAAUUGGUCCCAAGAUUGUUCCUGCAAUUCUCUCCUUGAGCCUUCCAUUGGUACUAGGAACCCCAGCGCUUACUAUCCUACUCAUCUUGUUUGGUGCUCCUUUAACAACUCAUCUACCGCAUACCGCUCUAUGUGCGGCGCAUAUGUCUAUCCUUGCAGGAACUGGCUUGGUAUACGUCCACGGGACUGAUGCGUCAGUUUGGCGUGAGAUAUGGAGUAUCUCCAAGGCAGUCGAUACAGUGUGGGGAGCUACUAUUGGAAUGGCAUUGGGCGCAUGGCUAGGUGCCGUCCCUAUUCCAUUAGACUGGGACCGGCCAUGGCAAGUCUACCCAAUUACAAUUAUUACAGGAGCCUGUGUCGGAUAUGUGCUGGGUUGCUGGGUUGGCAGAGCACCUUUUCUAUAUGGGAAAAGAAUACAGUUUAGCGAAGAGGCAGAGCAAGUGGACCCAGAAAAGAAAGAUAUAUAG